CCAGACAUCGUACAUUGGGAUUUAUUCCAUGUCUUCUUCAACACCAUGCAUAAUGGUGUUAUAAGAAGAUAUGGGAUAUAUUCCGCUGUACUUUCACUAUAUAAACUGCAUAUUGCCUCAAAGCUUUUCAAACUUGCAAGAACUGAUCAGUACAGUAAUUGUACUUAGUCGAAGAAAGAGAUUUGACAAGAAUUUUCCAGGCUAUUAUCAUGGCAAGAGCUGGGAUCCCAAGAGCAAAAAUUUCCAUGCUUAGCUCUUGGAAGGAGGCUAGGGAAGUUGAUCGUCGGUGCUUGAGCAACACUGCGGUGGCGUUCGACGAUGAUCGUCACCAAACACAGGAUAAAAACUUAACCGGAACGACGUCGUGGAGUGGCGAAAAGAAGAGCAGUUCUUCGAGUUAUUGGGUUCCACAUCCACGUACAGGGAUAUAUUUUCCGCAAGGGCAAGAAUGGGUGAUGGACGAUGUGCCGAAAGGAGCGGCUUCUUUUGUGCAGGCUUAUUGGCUCAGGACUGAAGACGGUGUCGAGAAACCCGACCCAGACCAUGGUCAUCAUCAUCACUGGGAUUCCAGUUGCUUCCAUGCAAGCUCUUAAAUCUCAAACAGUUCUAUCUAUGCCAAAUAAUAUAGCGUUAAAAGAUAUUAUGUAAUAUCGGGUUUUAUUUAUACUAAAUGACUUGAUCUUGUUUGUCAUAA